GGGAUGGAAGAAGGUGGGGUGGGGUGUCAGAAAGAACUUUGCUCACCCCAGAGCUAUGUUGUUAGACCUUUCCCCCUCAUUUCUACCUCCCAUGGUCCUGGCCAAUGUUGGUUUUGCCUACCUAAACCCAAAACUUACUCCCCAGAAGUUUUGGGCCCACACUCAGAAGUUGGGUCUCCAUCGAACCCUACUCUAGUCAUGCACCACUCUUCCUGUCCUUCACAAUCCACAGGCAGACAAAUGGUACAGUGGUCCGGCUCAGCUGUCAUGGACCUAUGCCUGGGGGAAGCUGAAGAGGCGGCAGGGCCUUGAGCAGUUACCCAGCCAGUGGGCAACCCUAAGCCAAAUAUUUGGCCCUGAACAGGUACCCAUGGGGUAAAAAAAAAACCAAAAACAAACAAUGAUCUUCCACUUGAUCAAGAAAAGAGCCAAACAGCCUUUCUCCCAGAAGCACAAAGCAUUCUGCCCUUUGGACAUUGCCGUUAAUCCUGCACAUCCAACCUGCCUCACCUGUAGCCAAGGGCCUAAAAUCUGGAAAGCCACGCCUGCAGGGCAGGACAUGCAGGGAGAGGCUGGAACCCUAUAUGGAUGAGAACUUCAUCUCCAGGGCCUUUGCCACCAUGGGCGAGACCGUGAUGAGUGUCAAAAUUAUCCGAAACCGCCUCACUGGGAUCCCAGCUGGCUACUGUUUCGUAGAAUUCGCAGAUCUGGCCACAGCCGAGAAGUGUUUGCAUAAAAUUAACGGGAAACCCCUUCCAGGAGCCACACCUGCAAAACGUUUUAAACUGAACUAUGCCACUUAUGGGAAACAACCAGAUAACAGCCCUGAGUACUCCCUCUUUGUGGGGGACCUGACCCCAGAUGUGGAUGAUGGCAUGCUGUAUGAAUUCUUCGUCAAAGUCUACCCCUCCUGUCGGGGAGGCAAGGUGGUUUUGGACCAGACAGGCGUGUCUAAGGGCUAUGGUUUUGUGAAAUUCACAGAUGAACUGGAACAGAAGCGAGCCCUGACAGAGUGCCAGGGAGCAGUAGGACUGGGGUCUAAACCCGUGCGGCUGAGCGUGGCAAUCCCUAAAGCGAGUCGUGUGAAGCCAGUGGAAUACAGUCAGAUGUACAGUUACAGCUACAACCAGUAUUACCAGCAGUACCAGAACUACUAUGCCCAGUGGGGCUAUGACCAGAACACGGGCAGUUACAGCUACAGCUACCCCCAGUACGGCUAUACGCAGAGCGCCAUGCAGACGUAUGAAGAAGUUGGAGAUGAUGCACUGGAAGACCCCAUGCCACAGCUGGACGUGACUGAGGCCAACAAGGAGUUCAUGGAGCAGAGUGAGGAGCUGUACGAUGCAUUGAUGGACUGUCACUGGCAGCCUCUGGACACAGUGUCUUCGGAGAUCCCUGCCAUGAUGUAGCCAGGACAAAGGACAAGCAAGAAUGGAUUAUGCAAGGGAAAUAAGAGACUCCUUUAAAAAAAUCCAAUAUCACCUUUCUGGAAAUGUUUUGUGAGAUUUUUAAGUUGUUUUCCAACACUGCUGCCUUUAUUUGACAGUGAGCCAUUUGACUUUGAAAACCAAGGGACAACUGUUGAAAAGCA